AUGGAAAUGUUUACAGUGCUUUUGUUUAGUUCCAAUACGGUUUACCUUAUGGUUGCCUUUCUGAUGGUGGCUCUCGUCAUGAUUUUGACAGAGUUUCAACUAAAAGUGAACCCAAACAGUGAUCUUAAGGCGAUUGGAAGGAAAAUCAUCUAUGGACAGUGGUGGUCUGUGUUUUCGUUGUUUGUUUCGUAUGAUGGGCAAGUUCAAGGAAAGGAAGUGAAAGUGAUACGUAAAGCUCCUGGGCCGAAGAGGUUUCCGAUUAUCGGCAGCUUGAAGGAGCUUGACGGUUACGAAGUUCCGUACGAGGCUUUCAAUGUUUUGGGCAAGAAAUAUGGACCGGUUGUUAGUUUGAAAAUGGGCAGCUACGAGGCGAUUGUGGUCAACGGGAUCGAGCACAUCAAGGAAGUUCUUAUCAAUAAGGCUCAAAGUUUCGACAGUAGACCCAAUUUCAAUCGAUACAACAGACUCUUCGCUGGAAAUAAGGAAAAUUCACUUGCCUUCUGCAAUUGGUCGGAAAUGCAGCGAGUUCGCCGGGAGAUGCUGAUUCCUCAUAGCUUUCCCCGGAAUUUUUCGGAUCGAUUCACCCAACUGAAUCAUUACGUGAUGAACGAGAUCCAACAAGUUUUAGGAGAAGCCCCGUUAAACCCAACAAUCGAAAUCAAGCCACUUCUGGUUAGCAUCAGUGCCAACGUAUUUCUACAAUACUUUGCUAGCUUCCGGUUUGAAUACGACGAUGCUCAAUUUCAAAGCUUCAUGAAGAAGUUCGAUCUUAUAUUCUACGAAGUCAAUCAAGGGUAUGCGGCUGACUUUCUUCCGUUUUUGAUGCCUCUCCAUCAGCGUAAUCUCAAACGCAUGAACCAUAUGGCCGAGGAUAUCCGCAAUACCCUGCUGAAAAACAUUAUCAAUGAUCGGUGUGAAAAAUGGGCCCCUGGAAACGCGGAAAAUGAUUAUUUAGAUUGCCUGAUCAACUAUGUCAAUUCGACGAACAGUCCUAAAAUGGAAUGGGAAACGGCGCUGUUUGCCUUUGAGGACAUCAUCGGGGGACACUGUGCGGUGGCCAAUUUCCUCACCAAAACCUUCGGUUACAUCAUUCAGAACGAGGAAGUCCAGCAGAAAAUCCAGGCGGAAGUAGAGCGCACCUUGGAAAGAACCGGAAAACAUUGCGUCGAGUUAUCCGAUCGUGGCCAGAUGCCGUAUACCGAUGCUGUAAUCAUGGAAUCCCUCCGUCUGAUUUCCUCACCAAUUGUUCCGCACGUCGCCAGCCAGGACAGCGAAAUUGGAGGUUACAACGUUCCAAAGGACGCCUUGAUCUUUCUGAACAACUACGAGCUCAGCAUGUCCGAGGACCUCUGGGAAGCACCCAAACGCUUCAUCCCGGAACGUUUCAUCCAAAAUGGCCGCGUCGUCAAGCCGGAUUUCUUCCUACCUUUCGGAGCUGGCCGUCGUUCCUGCAUGGGUUACAAGAUGACGCAACUGCUCAGCUUUUCAAUCAUCAGUAAUCUGCUACACUCCUACAGCCUUGCACCCAUCGAAGGACAUUCGUAUCAGGUCCCAGUAGGAUCACUGGCAAUGCCAGAGAAGGCAUAUACAUUUCAAAUCACUCGUCGACAUUGAAUCUCCCAUUCCGGUUUCCUAUCCAUCUGACCCAUUUGCCCACAAUGCUCAUCCAUUAGCAAAGAAUACUCUCUCGCUCUAUUUCUUCUCUCUUCCUCGAACCAUUCACGAUCGACGUGUAAAUUAACUCCAUCAAAGUUCCCCACGAUCUUCACUUCCUUCAACCAUCCACGCAGUACGUGAAGGCAUCCGCGCCCAAAACAGAACUGACAAUGCUGCGACGAACAACAAAUCCCCCCAUAUCCCUUUCCCUUCGAUCUAAAAAUAGUCUUAUGCAUAAUGAAUCUUCCGGUCAGAUUCAUGUACCCCCAUGCAUGUAUCAUCCCUCUCUAAUCUUAAAACCUGGACUGUGGAAGGAGCUUGUAAUUGAAAAUGUAAAAGUAUUCAGUCAGCUAGCUCGAUUAGGAAUGCAAGUUAUUCUGUGAUUCUCACUCUCUCAUUCGUAGAUCGAAGAUUGAUCGAUCCCCCUCCAUUGAAGAUAUUGACGAGAUCGUUAGCCGAUGAUCGUCGCUAGGCAACUCGGCUACCGUUCACUUAAAAUGGGGCGCUAUGUAACUGUGAGCAAAAUGAUCACCCUAAAUAAUUGUACUGGAUAACCCCUUAGGAUAAAAACUAACUAGCUGGCAUCUAAUUUGCAAACACUGAUAGUCGUAGUAAAACUUUGUAUUGCUGUGUGUAGCGUUGUGUAGUUGGAGUCAAUUGAUAUAUGGAAAUUAUUUUAUUUUAACAAAAAGCGGAAGCGUUUGCCAAAGAGACUCAUUGAUGAAAAAUAAUGAAAAACAAUAACAAGAUACGAGGUAGCGAACAAUUUGCGAAUAAGAUUGGUUUGUUGCUCGAACGCUAAAUGUUUGUAGUAGGUAGGUAAGAUGGAUGUUUUAUAUUGUAUCCACAAAAACUGUAACGGCAGCUAUUAAGAUAUGUAGACGUAGUUUAUAGAAAAAAGAAGAAGUGAAUCACU